AGAUUGCCAACCUGCUCCACCGCCAGGAGUCGUUGUUCUCUGUCUUUUAUUUGUAGAUAAAAAGAGGCUACCUUGCCAUCAACACCGAGAAGAAAGAAACAAAAUAAAGAAAAAAGGUUAAAAACUCGAGAUCAAGAUGGUGGGUCAAUGGACGGUGACUAAACCAAGCCGGAGUGAUGAAGUUUUGGACGCAGAUCAACAGCAAAAAAUCACCAAUCAGGUCAGAGCUCAGUUCGAUUCCUUGGCCCCGAAACGAUCCACCAAGCCCAACAGGAGUGAACCUGAUUUAGCAACAACCACCUCCAAUUUCCCGCCAGCUGUAGACCAAAACAUACCCGAGCUGGACAAGUUACGAUCUCUUCAGUCUCAAUCUCAUGUGAAAAUAUUACAAGGAGAUAGUGUUGUGCAAGAUGAAUUUGUGGAGACACAGUAUUACAAGGAGAUGGAUUCUAUGGACAAGGAGCACCACACGACUGGAAGUGGGUUUAUAAGAGUGGUUGGAGAAGGGGGUGCAGGAAAUAGAUAUGAUAUUCAAUUGCAAAACGGCCAGGGUGCUGGAAAUGUAUUUAACAGGCCAAUUUUCAAAAGCAACCCGGCAACAAAUGACUGGAUGCCUAACGUUGAGGAAGAUCAGGUCUUUGUUUCUUCCAAGCCUAAUCGGAGUGAGGGUUGUUAGAUCUGCGCAGAUGUACCAACUUUGCUUAAAUUAUAAUUGCUGUAGCCUUGGAAUGGAGAAAUUGGAUUAAAACAGUUUGGUGGAAGGACUUAAAUAAAGUAUAAAGUACUUUUUCUACA